AUGACAAGUGUCAAAACUAAUGAAAGAUUGACAUGUAGCAAAAAUACCUUGAUUUAUUAACGACGAAGAGGAGAUCGAUAGAAUCAAGUACUGAGGUAGAUAUACAACAAGUGGAAAAAUGAAUUAAAAUUAUUGGUUUAGGAUUUACUAUAGCUGUGGAAAUGUUUAGCAUAUGUUUCGGUUGAAUGGAAUAGUUCGAAAUUUGUUACGCCAUCAACGUGUCUCCCUUUCCUUUCAUAUUAUUAUGAGUUUCACUUUAAUUGCCUCCAUACUCGCACAAUAUGUGAAGUAUAUAAAUCCGAACUCGUAUAAUUCAUUACAUUCCAACAAACUCAUCAAAAAACUCUCAUGACCUCGAAUAGCAACAUGGGAAAUUGGCGUAUUAUGAUCUCACUUGUUCUUGCUGUAUCAAUAGCAAAUAUUCUACAUUAUUCAUGCGUAGACGCCCACAGCGAACCAGAAGACUACGUACUCAUGCAUAGCUGUAUACGAAAAGCAUUUGGCUUGGAACCUCUGUGUUGGGAUCGUAAACUAGCAGAAGUUGCCCAAAAUUGGGCCGAUCAAAGGAAAGAUUGUAAUUUGAUACACAAUAACAGUCCGUAUGGUGAAAAUAUGGGUAUGGGGCCAGAUCUUAAUGCUUUAUGGGCGACUCAGAUGUGGAUUGACGAGAAAAGAGAUUAUGACUACGAUUCAAACACCUGUAAAGAAGGAAAGAUGUGUGGCCAUUAUACACAAGUGGUUUGGGCAAAUUCAAAAAGAAUUGGAUGUGGUAGGACUAAAUGCGAUAACGGUUGGGCCUACGUGGUUGUUUGCAAUUAUGACCCUCCAGGGAACUAUGCUGGCGAGAAGCCUUACUGAUUGUGUAAUUCUUUAUUCAUUUUCCCAAGCAUGUACUUUCUUUUUUAUAACCCAUGUAAUUUUGUCACGAAAGCAAACUCUCUAUAUAUGACUACAUAUGGGUUGUCUAAUAAGGUUCCUAGGACUCGAUGGAUGGAAAGAAAGCGUUCAGGUACGUAAUUAAUAAAUCGUGCCAUUCAAAUAUACAAAUGCCGUUGUAUUUUAAUUUGUUUUAAACUAGUAUUUAACAACCGUAUUUCAUAAGCCAAUGCUUGUGAUACUACAUUAACUCAUGACCAAAUAUGCAGAAAAAAGUAUGUACGUUAUUUUGUUAACUAUCAAUAAAACAAUUGCAUCGAAUUAUUUUACACAAAAAGAAUAGUGUUUCAGAUUACUGUUGAACUGAUGAGUUGGACAUGUUAGUCUUCAACAUAAUAAUAGAAUAAGUUAGAAGAGUUAGUUAAGUUAGUUAUGACAUCACUCUCCUAUUACUUAGCUCAGUUAUAUAUAUUUUUGCUUCCAUGUAGUUCUUAGUAAGAAAUGAUGAUUUUCUUCAUUCACUCUUGAUUUCUCUCUCAAACUUUGAAACACGACAGGUGAGAUUAUAGUGUCCGAUGGAAGGAGGGAUGGAAAUGGAGGGUUUAAUUUAUGAUGAAGACGAUAUGAUGUUGAAGAUAUAAAGAGAACCAACGAUGAUGGUGAGGUUGUUGUGCGGUGGUUGGUUGGCUAUGACAUAGAAGUGGCGCUGGUGAGGCUGUCGUCACCAUCAUGCGGUGGUUCGGUGGAUUGUGGCGUGCGUUAGGGUUACAGAGAAAAAAGAGAUUUUGAAACUGAAUCUUGAUUAUUUCAGUAGUCAUGAGUUUGAUUCAGUGCAAAUAUCGAGUUUAGUGGGUAGGUGUCCACCGAUUUUGAUUAUGAGUGUUAUGAACGUAACCACUGGGUAGGUGUCCACCGAUUUUGAUUAUGAGUGUUAUGAACGUAACCACUGAUUUUGAUUAAAAGUAAUAAGAACUAGUUGAAACUUGAAACCAAGCUGCAGGUGAAGUAAGUUGAGGGGAGGAAGAAGGGGCCUCAAUAAACAUAGGUGAACCUGUUUAUAGUCAUAAACUUUAACCUUUUCAUGAUCAAAGUCCACAUCAACACCAAGUUACCAGAUGACCCUUUCAAAAUUUACAAAACGGUUUACUCAACAUAGAUUGUUUGACUUUAAUGAUUUAGAAUAUCCAAAAAAAUAGUUUAGGGAUCAAUUAAAGCCAAAAGAAAGAGUUUGUAGGGUUUUAAAAACAAUAACUCAUAUAUUUCAGCAUAUAAAUACUACAAUAAUUCACCCUAUAAAAUAGCUUAUGCUUUAACGUAGAAGUGUUUAUUACCGGAUUAACUUAUAUAAGAUAUAAAAUAACCAAAAUAGACAUCUACCAUUUGACUUUUUUGUUAUUUAGGCCCCGUUUGAUAGUUUCUGAAUAAGAAAAUGCUGACUGAAAAAUAUCUGUCUGAGUAAGAAAUUCUGACUGAGUAAGAAAUCAUGAUGUUUGAUUGAAAAUAUUCACCAUAAGGAAACAAAAGCGAGUAUUGUAAAGGCAUGUAGCU